GUCCCCCCCCCCCCCCCCGUCGCGUGCAUUAGUCGUCGACAUAAAGGAGUAGUCCGCGAAAUAAGAACAUGGGUCGCUACGGCACACGCUACAUAUUCUUAUUUGGCAAUUCUUUUUACGUAAUAUCAAUUUUACGUGGUUGUUUGGAAAAUAAUACAAGAAUUUUUUGCUCGACUUGCUCUAUCACCUCACGAGCGAUACUUUUAUUAUUGGACGCCCUGUAUAUGUGUAUGUAUGUAUGUGUAUGUGUAUAUAAUUUGAAUUUCUAUAUUUAAUAUAUUUCUUAUGGUAACAGUUAUCGGAUAAAAUCUAGAGCCCUGUUUUUCAAUUUUACUCGGUAUUUUAUUCGCCGAUGAAUAGGAUUGAUUCCUUUUUGUGUUGACUAAACUAUCAGAGAUAGUAUAUCAUUCAGGCUAAUUUUCGAUCGAUAUCUUCCUUAUAUCCAAAAUAUUUUAUGUCAAUCCGUUUUAGUGACAUUUUUCCUGAUUACGUUAUUUGAUUAUUUCUGUCUUUUUCUAUCCAAAAGUCUGAAUGAAGAGACUUUUUACUUAUUACUUCAUUUCGAAUGUAGAAAGUGCUACAAGUGCAGCUUGUAACGAACAGACUUAUUUUGCGACGUAUGUACAUGCUCACACAAGGCAACAGAAUGACUCUUUUCAACGAGCAAUUUAAUGCCGUGGGAUAAAUAAAUCCUGCUGAUGAAUAUCGUUAACGCAAAUCAGAAAUUCAAUAAAACCGUAAUCAAUUUUAGGCUAGCAUUUGUACCUUAAGAAUCUUAAGAACGACGUCUUCCACCGUUAUCGGUUUUACACGAAGCGGCCAUAUUGAUCAUGGACAUUAUCGGAAAACAACGGAACGUGAGCUAAUCGGUAGAGUCGUUACAGUAAACGGCCGAUAAUAUUUCGUUGAUGUCAUCUGAAAUUUCGUCACGUGAAUUUUCGCUCACUUUGAUUUUGCGAAAAGAAACUCACGUUUCUUCCUCUUCUUUCUAAUUUCUCCUUCUCGUUCCUUUAAAAUGCCGGAAGAUGAACGUAACGUAGUGACAUGCGUCAGAUACAUAUAUAUGUAGGAUUUGAAAGACCAAACUUUUAGCAGAGAUUCAUUUAAAGUAAUAAAUUUCAUCCCGAUUAGUAAAUUUGAUUGAUAAAUUUUUGUUUAAAAUGAAUCAGGUCACUUGUACUUGACUCUUCAUUUUACAUUACAAUGACUUUAGGAAUAUUCCUGGGUUCAAAACUUGUCGCAUUCGACAAGUGAAGAAAUGACAUGGAGAUUACAGUUGUUCAUUCUGAGAUCAAUGCAAGUCGUAUAUUCGUAGGAAUGGUCAUAUAAUUAUCUCAUCCUAGUUUCCCUCGUUGUCCUGACAACGCAUUACAUUGCGAUCACGAUCAAAGCGUUUGUUGACUAGCGUCGGAACCUAAAAUACUCUUUUUCCCGGAGUCGAUCUUUUUGUCCCUUUCAUCCUUCUUCGUUUAACGGGUUAUCGCCAUGGCCAAAUUUGUGAGUACUUACGAGAAGCCUUUGCCUCAUAUCGGUCUGCCGGAUUGGUACGCCAAACAAUGGGAACUUGGGCAAAGCGCGGACGUUAGAAGAUCCGAGGCCUGUCAAUUACGCAACUCGAGCAGAACUGUUCGCUCCGAGGGGAACACAACAACGAAAUGGGACACUUAUAUGAAUAAUACUCGAUUGGUGGAUAGACUUACAGAAUUAUCGAGAUGGAAGGACGUAUUCGAGGACUUGUUGCAAAGGUUGCUUACUGAAAUACGUUUACUAAACGAUGAGAAAGCCAACAUGGAGAAGGAGAUUGAAAAUAUAAGCUAUUCCUUGCGAGUAGCCAGUGAAUGCAUUUCAAUGAGAGAUUGCCGUAGGGGAACUGAGCUCACGUACGACGAAGCUGACAUCGAGUUAAAGAAGGAGCUCUGCACGCUUGGACACCUUCAAGAGGAAUUGACGAAAAGAGCGCAGGCCGUGUGGGAAAAGUUGAAUCAUUUGGAAACUGUGAAAUUUGAAUUGAAUUUGGACAUAGAGGACAAAAACGAAACCAUCAGAAUAGACAAGGAGAACCUCGAAUUGGAUCAUACUUGCGCGAAUAUAAGUUACAAGCCGAAAACGUUGAUUACUGAGGGAACCAAAUCAAUUAGCUACGAGAUGUGGUUGGAGCGAUGCCAUCGUACUAAAACAAUGCUCGACAACGAACUAAAUGACUGUUAUACCUUUCGUGAGACUAUGCGUGUAACGAGGGAACAUGCAUGGAACGAUAUUAAAGCUCAACAAGACGUAACGGAUUAUACUUUGAGAAAGAGGAUUUAUCAAACGCAAAAGGCCAGAAACGAGCUAGAGUGGCAAAAACUCAAAGUACAGAAGGAGAUGGAAAUGUUGAGAAAAGAGAUAACCGAGGCAGAGGGGGCAUUAACGAGUAAAACAGACAUUGUAAAAUGCGUCGAAACACGACUGGGAAAUCGUACUUAUCGGCCUGGAGCGGAGCUGUGUAAGGAUCAAGUCGAGCUAGGCCUGAAGAGCGAAGUGCUGCAACUGCGGCAAACUGAGGAAGACUUGAAUAAGAUCAUCGAGUGUUCAAGAGCAAGUUACAACAGUCUGGAGUCUUUGCUUACACGUAUCGUCAAGAAUCUCGAGGAUAAGCAACACUCUCUUAAUACCGAUGUCAUGUGUCUAGACAUGAGAUCGACAAAAACAGGGGACAGGUCGUAUUCAUCUAAUGAGACAAAUCGUAACAUCACGUUGACUCGCAUGGAGGAAGAAAUACCAAUGGAAUCCUAAUUCCACUUUAAUGCGCCUAACUGGCACUCCGCACUCGCUGUCUCGCGUUUGUAAAACCUGAAUUUGUUAUAGCAAUACAACACUUUUCUCCAAAUAUGUGUACCCUCAGCACUAUCACAAAUAUACGAGUAUUAAAGGAA